AUGAAAGUCGAAAGGAACAAUAGCGAUGUCACCGACCCGUUCGCGGCGUCCCAGAUUAUAGGCGAUAAGCUCCUGCAAGGCUGGACCUUGCUGAAUGAGUGUUGUCAUAUGUGCAUGGUGACACCUCUCAUUAAGCAGAAGAACAAAGAGGAGCGAUUCUGUGCCAAGUGCAACGUAUACAUUCUGCCGGAAAAACAACAAGGGGAUGAAAUCCUCACCAACAAGGGAAAGAGCAACAUGGAUGAAAAGAAGGAGGUCGAAGGAGAUUGCCAAAGGGAUGUUCCAUUAGAGGGCUCCCAAAAUUUGGCGGCCGAAACGAAGACUACAAAUGUGGAAGCCCAUCCAGAUGUCUGCACAGAGAAUUGUCCCGACGCAGAUACAUAUGGAGACCCCCUUUUUCAGGAAAAAAUAUCCCCCAUAAAAUUUAUCAAGGAAAUAAAGCUCCAGAAUGAUGAAUUCAACCAAAUCUUAAACAAGAAUAAAAUCACAAGAGAAGAAACAGAUAAUUUGAUAGAGUAUAAAAAAUACAUAAAGGAAAGGUGCGGGUAUGACCUCGGCGAAUGGAUGAACAGUAACAGAAGUUCCAUCAAUGAGAUGGAAAUAAACAGUCAAAAAGAAAGCCAAGAUAAAUCAACAAAUUUAUCCAACAAGGAUAUAAAUCCCGAUGUGCAGGGUAAAGGAAGAGACAUGUUUCAAAAUACGGAAACGAAACAUAACCGUGUACAUAUACAAGGACACACAAUUCAGAAACGGGAUUAUUUAAAUGACUCUACACAAAGACGUGCAGAUCUUAUAAUCUCGAAGGAGAAUUAUUUCCCUAGUGGAGGUAUCGAUUUUGACAAGUAUACAAAUUACAAGGUAGACUUUAUGAUUCUGGAUAAAGCUAAGGAUACUUUCAUGCAAAAAUUGGAUAAAUAUGUCGAACAGCUAAGCACCUGUGAUAGUAAGAGUGACGAGAAAGAGUACAUCGGCCAAGUCGCCAUUGUCGUGGAUGUACUAGAAAGGUUAAACAACUUAAAGAGAAACAUUCACAUCGUAAUUUAG